AUGAAUGCUCUCAUUUGUCCUCUCCUUACAUUUAGGCGUCAAGGAAUAUUUAGUGAAUCCACCGACCACCUAUAUAAUGCAGCUACUCAAGAAAGGGAGACCACGUUGAACCAGCUAUUGAUAGAGCUUGAUGGGUUUGAUACAGGCAAAGGUGUUAUUUUUUUGGGUGCUACUAAUCGCAUGGAUUUGUUAGAUCCUGCACUUCUUCGUCCUGGUCGGUUCGAUCGUAAGAUAAGAAUUCGUCCUCCUAAUGCAAAAGGGAGAUUGGAAAUUUUGAAAGUUCAUGCGCGGAAUGUAAAAUUGUCAGAAUCUGUUGAUUUAGCUACUAUUCUCAGAACUUACCUG